GAAAGGGGACGUAAGAAAAUGCGGAAGUAGACGUUGGAAAAGCUUGUUUUGAUCGCUAUUUUUCCUCGUUAAUAAAGUAAAAUUAGCUGAAUACGCUACUGUAUAAAAAAAAUGGCUAAACUACAAUCGUUUUUUGUGUUUUUAAAUAAACGCUUAACAGAGGCUGCUCUUGAUAUCUUCGUAACAGUCGAGAGAACGGUAUUGGAGUACCAGGAAGAGAAUGAUCGGAUGCGAAGUAUACUGCAAAAAACACCGGAGAUACGGUUGUGUAAAAUUGACUCUGUGUCGUUCUCCGUCUCUGAAGAGGAGGUUCCACCUGAGCGGCAGCAGGAGGACUCAGAAACCACACAAAUUAAAGAGGAACCAGAGGAACUCAUGAUCAGUCAAGAGGAAGAGCAGGAUCAAGGGCCCUUUGACAGCAAGGACUCCAUAUUUACUCCUCCGUGUGUGAAAAGUGAAUGUGAUCAGUGGGACCCACUUCACAAAGCCAUACUAACUGAGUAUCCCACUCUCAGUCAGUCCAAAACGUCUAAAUUACAGACAUUUCAUGUGUUUUUAAAAGAUUUUUUCACAGUGUCUGCUGCUGUGAAGAUUUUUGGGGCAGUUGAGAAAACAGUAGCGGAGUACCAGGAGGAAAAUGAGCGCCUGCGGACUCUAUUAUCUAGAAUGGAGGAGGUUCCCCCUGAGCAGCAGCCCUGUGAAAAGGAGUGGGGUCCCAUUCCAGGGCAGGAGAACCCAGAACCCACACAGAUUAAAGAUGAACAGGAGGAACUCAGGACCAAUCAGGAGGAAGAGCAGGAUCGAGGGGUGGAGCCUGAUAUCAUAGAAUUCAUAAUCCCUCCUUCCUAUGUGAAAAAUGAAUGUGAUCAGGAUGAUCCACUCUACUCUCUUCCCCAAGCCCAGACUGUGGAGAACAGAGAGAGGGAAUUUAAACCAGGGGAUCUCAAAACUUUUCACACUGUAACCCACCUAGAAUUACUGGACCUUUCCUGCGACCCCCCAGAUAAUCUAAACAAAAAGAUCUUAAAGCAGAAUAAAGAGACUCACAAAGAGAAGUCUUUUAGCUGCGAUGACUGUGGGAAACACUUCAGUCAGAAGGGGGCCCUAAAUAGGCACAUUGUGAUUCACACAGGAGAGAAACCAUUUAGUUGUGGUGACUGUGGGAAAUGCUUCAGUCGGAAAGGCUCUUUGGGAAAGCACAUACUGACUCACACAGGAGAUAAACCGUUUACCUGUAGCGACUGUGGGAAAUGCUUCAGUCGCAAGGAGCACCUAACCUUGCACAUACGUACACACACAGGAGAGAAACCAUUUAGUUGUGGUGACUGUGGGAAAAACUUCUAUCACAGACAGACCCUGAAGCAGCAUGAACUGACUCACACAGGAAAGAAGUCUUUCAGCUGUGUUGACUGUGGGAAAAGCUUCAAUAACAGACAGACACUAAAUCAGCAUAAACUUACUCACACAGGAGAGAAAUCGUUUAGUUGUGAUGACUGUGGGAAAUGUUUUAGUCAGAAGGGGACCCUGAAGUCACACACACUCACUCACACAGGAGAGAAACCAUUUAUUUGUGAAAACUGUGGGAAAAGCUUCAGUCAGAAGCAUCACUUGGAGCGACAUAUGCUAACUCACACAGGAGAGAAAGCAUUUAGCUGUGGUGACUGUAAGAAAUGCUUCAGUCGCAAGGAGCACCUAGUAUUGCAUAUGCGCACCCACACAGGAGAGAAAUCCUUCAGCUAUGGUGACUAUGGGAAAACUUCUUAGAGGAGAGAGAGAAUAAGAACAAUAAACAAAUUGAUAAGCUUAAGGGGCUCAUGGACAACCUGAUGAAAUGUAAUGAUUAGGGGUCUCAUGGACAAUCUGGGGACAUGUAAUGAUUAGGGGUCUCGUGGACAAUCUGGGGACAUGUAAUGACUAGGGACAACCUGGGGAGAGUUGAUGCAAGAACCCACACCAGAUUCCAAGAAGAAGAUCAACCAUCAUGAUUUUGGGGCAAGUUCCAAUUUUGUGAGUUAAGGAUUGGGUCAGAUAUAAAGCUGGGUAUGAACCUGUAAGGGGCUACUGGAGUAAAAUACAGUCACACACAAGGAUGAGGGGAGUUGGUCAGAAGAGGUAUAAUGAAUGUGGAAACUAACAUUUAGGAAGAUGAGGUGAUGUUGGAGUUAGUGAUGGCAAUACAAGGCUUCAUUUCCAUUCUUCUAGCAGCAGGAUAUUAUGCUAGCAGCGCUAACUCAGGUUUUCUUUUUCAAAAUAAAAGCCGUCA